UUCAUGGGUUCUUCCUGCCACCUUCCUCAGUUCUUCCCUUUAAUCAUUUCCAAUUUCAUGAAAUAACAAGGCCUUGAAAUCAAGCUGUCGCCGCAGCCUGGUUUUUGGGUUUCUGCCAAAAAAAAAAAAAAAAAAUGCAGCUUCAUAUAUCACCAAGCUUGAGGCAUGUCACGGUGCUUCCUACUAAAGGUGUAAAAGAAUUUAUCAAAGUGAAGGUUGCAUCCAGACGUGUUUCAUACAGAAUGUUGUUUUACUUUCUUCUCUUCUUCACAUUUCUUUUGAGAUUUGUGUUUGUAUUGACAACAGUUGAUGGCAUUGAUGGAGAAACCAAGUGUUCUACUCUAGGUUGCCUGGGGAAAAAAAUAGGACCAAGGAUCUUGGGAAGGAGGAUUGAAUCAAAAGUCCCAGAAGUCAUUUACAAAGUUUUAGAAGAACCCAUGAGCAAAGAUGAACUAAAGGGAAAAACUGAUAUUCCUCAGUCAUUGGAAGAAUUCAUGGCUGAAGUUAAGGAUGGCAGAUUAGAUGCUAAGGCCUUUGCUCUCAGGCUUAGAGAGAUGGUAACAUUGCUUGAGCAAAGGACCAGGACAGCUAAAAUCCAGGAGUACUUGUACCGCCAUGUAGCAUCAAGUAGCAUACCAAAACAGCUACAUUGCUUGGCACUCAAGUUAGCUAAUGAGCACUCCAUGAAUGCAGCCGCCCGCCUCCAGCUCCCCUCCCCUGAACUCGUCCCUGCCCUUGUGGACAACUCUUACUUCCACUUCGUCCUUGCCUCAGAUAACGUGCUUGCUGCUGCCGUCGUGGCCAAGUCGCUUGUCGAAAAUGCAUUACGCCCGGAAAAGUUUGUUCUUCACGUAAUAACAGACAAGAAAACUUACUCACCGAUGCAAGCUUGGUUCUCACUUCAUUCUUUAUCCCCUGCGAUAAUUGAGGUUAAGGCACUGCAUCAUUUUGAUUGGUUUUCAAAGGGGAAGGUGCCUGUUUUGGAGGCAAUGGAGAAAGACCAACGAGUGAGGGCACAAUUCAGGGGAGGUUCAUCAGCUAUUGUGGCAAAUAAUGGUGAACAACCUUAUGUAAUUGCGGCAAAACUACAAGCACUCAGUCCUAAGUAUAAUUCCCUUAUGAAUCAUAUCCGGAUACAUUUGCCAGAGUUGUUUCCUAGCCUGAACAAGGUAGUGUUCUUAGAUGAUGACAUUGUUGUACAAACUGAUCUAUCUCCUCUAUGGGACAUUGAUAUGAAUGGGAAGGUCAACGGAGCAGUAGAGACAUGCAGUGGAGAAGACAAAUUUGUGAUGUCGAAGCGAUUCAAGAGCUAUUUGAACUUUUCUCAUCCUUUGAUAAAGAAGAAUUUUAACCCUAAUGAAUGUGCUUGGGCUUAUGGUAUGAACAUAUUGGAUCUAGAGGCUUGGAGAAAGACCAACAUAAGCCUUACAUACCAUUACUGGCUCGAAGAGAACUUAAAAUCAGACCUGAGUUUGUGGCAGUUGGGAACAUUACCUCCGGGACUAAUAGCGUUCCAUGGUCAUGUCCAUGUUAUUGAUCCAUUUUGGCACAUGUUGGGGCUUGGAUACCAAGACAACACAAGUUUUGCAGACGCUGAGAGUGCUGGUGUCAUCCAUUUCAAUGGUAGAGCAAAGCCUUGGCUAGACAUUGCGUUCCCGAAACUCCGGCCAUUGUGGGCUAAAUACAUUGAUUUCUCUAAUAAAUUCAUCAAGAGUUGCCAUAUCAGGGCAUCCUGAUAAGGAUUUUUCGAGAAAUUAUUCAUUAAUGUGUGAAUCAUAAUGAUGAUAAAGAGGUGUGCGAAAGAACAAGGGGCAGGUCUAGGAGAGAAGUUCUUUGCAAUUUCGAAGCCUUCUAUUUACAUUUGUUAGAUACUUAAAAGUGUUACACUUGAAAAUUGGACAAUCGAGAUAAUUUACGAACUUUGUGGACUCAAGUUUUAAUUUAAUAAAACUUGAGACACCAAGAUUCAAUUGUCUAAUUAAUAGAUGAACUGCUU